AUGUCUACCGGGGGGAGUGACCUGGGUGAGCUUAUUAUGGUCGUCGGCGACCUACACGUCCCGCAACGAGCACUGGAUCUGCCGCAAUGUUUUCGCGAGCUGCUGAAUACGGACAAGAUUAAACAGGUGCUGUGCACCGGAAAUGUCGGUUCCCAGAAAAUGGUGGACCUUCUCCUGGGUAUAUCCCCGAACUUACACAUGGUUAAGGGCGACUUCGACGACGACCCAAAACUACCGGAGGAAUUAAUCGUCAAUGUUGGUAACUUCAAGAUAGGCCUCAUAAACGGAUACCAACUGCCUUCCUGGGGAGAUAAGGAAGUUGUCUACGAAUACGCAAAGCGCAUGGGUGUGGACGUGCUGGUAUAUGGUCAUACCCACAUUAGUGACGUAUCAAAGGUGUCGGGUAAAAUACUCGUUAACCCAGGAUCGGCAACUGGUGCUUUUCAGCCGUGGGCGCCAAACUCGAUUCCGACGUUCAUGCUUAUGGCCGUCCAGGGCCAGAAAAUUGUCGUGUACGUGUACGAGGAGCACGACGGUCAAGCCAAUGUAGUUAUGAGCGAAGUCGAUCAAGAUCAGGACGACGUUACGCCGUCGAACGCACAGCUGUCAGCUAAGGCACUCUUGAGCAGCAAAAAGGUAGCGCAUUAG